UUUUGCCAAUUUGCAGGUAUUCUCUCUCCUCUUCUACUUUAAUAAUUCGUAAUCUAUGUCGCAUCUUCAAUUGAUUGAUUGAUUGAUCUUUAGAUUAUCAGAAAUAUAGACAUCGUUGCAGCUUCAAAACUGUGUCAAAACCCCUCUUAUAAUUGGUAUUUAUGCCCAUGAUGGAGUAACAUUGUUUGAAACCCUAGUCGUGUAUAACUGUUAGAUUUAAUUAACAAUUACGAUUUACAGUUCAAUUCGACUCAACACGUUAUCACGUACUCUCUUUCUCUAUUUUAAUUUUUUCAGGAUUUAUGUGAAACAAUGGAAGUGGAAUUAGUAGCAGAGGGUAUAUCGGAAGAAGACAUCUAUGCAGUUGAUGAGUAUAAUGAUGAUUAUUCUGCUUUUGAUGGUGAAAGAUGUGGGAUAUGCAUGGAUAUUGUUGUUGACAGAGGAGUUUUAGAUUGCUGCCAACACUGGUUCUGUUUUGCAUGCAUUGACAACUGGGCUACCAUCACAAACCUAUGUCCACUUUGCCAGAAUGAAUUCCAAUUGAUCACAUGUGUGCCUGUAUAUGAUACUAUUGGAAGCAACAAGUCUGAGGAGGAUUCAUAUUCCAGAGAUGAUGAUUGGUGCAUUGAAGGGAAGAAUAACACUCUUUCUUUUCCGUCAUACUAUAUUGAUGAAGAUGCAGUUGUCUGUUUGGAUGGAGAUGGUUGCCAAAUUCGAAGUGGAUCAGCCAAAGUUGAAGAAGAUUCGAAUUUGGAUACAUCAAUUGCUUGUGAUUCAUGUGAUAUAUGGUAUCAUGCUUUUUGUGUGGGAUAUGAUCCUGAAGGCACUUGUGAGAAUUCAUGGCUAUGCCCAAGGUGUUUAGUUAAUGAGAUGCCACAUAAAUCAGUUGGAGUUCCAGUAUCAGGACCAAGCAACCAGCAUUUGAUAGAAAAGGACAGUAGUGAAUGCUUGGUUGAGGUUGCUUUUUCUGGAAAAAUGUCAGUAUCUGUUGCUGAUGCUGGAGAGACGGCUGUUGUUGUCUCAAUGAUUGAAAAAAAUCAAGGAACUGAAGAACCAAGUGAAAAAUUCUCAUCAACCUUAGAUGCCAGCGAGGGCCUGAAACUUGAUACAUCUUGUGAUGUUGCCAAUAUUCCCAAGAUGGAAACACUAUCAAGUGAGAGGAUUAGAAUUGGGCCAAAUUUGGAGGCACAAGAGCUUGGACUGUCCUUAUCACGAGAGACAUCCUUUAGUUUUCAGUCAAAUUCCUUGGUACUUAAUGAGUUGAAGACUAAUCCUGAUGAUAAAGCAAUUUGCAAUCCAAAUGUUCCCGAUGGAUUUGGAAGUACAUCAAGGAAGUUGUUUGUUGAACAUUGCAGUGAUGACCUGCUUGAAUCUGGUUUAGAUCUUCAUCUUUGUUUAACUGUGGGCUCUUCUUUGUCUGACAAAAUGAACAAUGAUGUAGCUGAAAAUCACGAUGCUGGAGAUGUGCCACAAAAGAAUAGUAUGGAAGAAUGUUUCUUACCAGCUAACAAAGUUAUACGUGAUAAAAAGGAGAAUGUCAUUGGAACUAGUUGUACAAAGAGAAAGUAUAGAGAUUGCAGAAUUGCUGAGGAUGGAGAAGCUAAAUCUAAAAUGGAGACUAACAUCUCUGUUAAGAAAGCCAAGGGUGAAAAAAACAGUUACCUGAUUAAUUCAAAGGGCCAAGCUCAUGAAUCUGUUUCAGUUGACCCCCGAAUGUCGCGCCGUCUAGUUACUGUUUCUAAGGAUGACAAGUUGAGAUGUAUAUCUGAAAAGGAAAGUGUGCCUACCGAUAUAAUGGACAUAGUUCAGGUGACAGAUCAUAGGUCUUUGAAGCAGCUUGCUAAUGGCAAUUCUGCUGAUAUGUCCUUGCAAGAAAGAGAAAAUGCAGCUGGCUUGAGGGUGAAAAAGAUCAUGAGGAGAGCUUCUGAGGACAAGGAGUCAUCUAUGCUGGUUCAAAAGCUAAGAAAAGAAAUCAGAGAAGCUGUCCGUAACAAAUCCUCCAAAGAGUAUGGGGAAAACCUUUUCGAUCAAAAACUUCUGGUUGCUUUCAGGGCUGCUGUGGCAGGACCAGUAACUAAACCUAAACAGUCGCCCCCUCUGGAUCUGAAAGCAAAGAAGUUAUUGUUGCAAAAGGGGAAAAUACGUGAAAAUCUAACCAAAAAAAUAUACGGGAUUGGUGGCAGACGGAGACGAGCAUGGACCCGGGAUUGUGAAAUUGAAUUCUGGAAGCAUCGCUGCUUGAAAAUAUCAAAGCCUGAAAAAAUUGAAACAUUGAAGUCAGUUCUUGACCUCUUAAGGAACGGUUCUGAGAGCACGGAGAUGAAGCAUGGAAUUGAAGGUGAGGCCACUACUUCCAUUCUUUCAAGGUUGUAUUUAGCAGAUACGUCUGUUUGCCCACGAAAGGACGAUGUCAAACCUUUCUCAGCUCUCAAAACUGAUGAGACUCCUGAACAGACUUUAGCAGAAAAAGCUUCUACACAAUCUCUGGGUAUUUGCUCUUCUGAAACUCCACGAACGAGUAUGGUCUCAUCAAAGGUUGGUAUUCCUUCUUCUGAUAAUAAAGGGACUAAGAGUGGUGCUCCACGCAUAAAGGGUGAAGCUGCUUCUAAUAGAGUACAUCUAAAUAAACCCCCAGAAAGGCCAUCUAUUUCUGCUUUGGGUGGUGUCAAGGUAAAUCCACUGAAGGAAAUGGUCAGUAAAUCUGAUGAUAUAAAGAGCGAUAAAAAGAAAUGGGCCCUAGAGGUUCUUGCAAGAAAGACGGCAGUCAAAGGUAAAAGUGGAUCUCAGGAGAAACAAGAAGACAAUGCUGUGGUCAAGGGAAAUUAUCCUUUAAUGGCUCAACUACCAGCAGAUAUGCGACCAGUUUUAGCACCCACUCGUCACAACAAAAUCCCCAUAUCAAUUAGGCAGGUGCAACUUUACCGCCUCACAGAACACUUUUUGAGGAAAACAAAUCUUGCUGUCAUUCACAGAACUGCAGAAAUAGAGUUAGCAGUUGCAGAUGCAACUAAUAUUGAGAAGGAGGUCGCUGAUAGGUCAAACAGCAAGCUAGUAUAUGUGAAUCUGUGUUCACAGGAGCUAUUACACAGAUCCGAUUGCAUCAACUCUGGUAGAGUCACAGAAUCAAAUCCUCCUCCGACUUCUGCUGUGUCUGCUGACAUAUCAGAAGCAGAAGCCAGUAAUCUUUCUUCUGACCCAGUGGUUGAAGAAGCAUUGAGAAAUGCAGGCCUUCUGUCCGAUUCCCCUCCAAAUAGUCCGCAUCACCAGAUGGAGGAAAUCAAGGAAGACCCCUCACAAAAGAACAAAGAUGAAGGACCUGAUAAUGUAAUCGAAAUGGAUCCUCAUCCAGAACUAGAUAUAUACGGCGAUUUUGAGUAUGAUUUGGAAGAUGAAGAUUUCAUUGGUGCUACUGCUGCAACGAUAUCUAAGGUACAGCCAGAAGGAGAGUUGAAAAUGAAAUUGUUAUUCUCCACCGUCAUCCCUGGUACAUCAAAUGACACUCUGGAUACCAAGGAUCUUGAGAAGCCAGCAGUUGAGGAAGUACCACGGGAUACUUCCGACUUGCUUGAGUGUCAUAUUGAUGCAAGCAUCGAAAGAUCAGCUGUGGAGAGCAGGACAGACAACAACUGCCCUCCUCAAAAUUCCUCACUUGGUGGAGGAGAUGAAGAGCCUUCUCUAGCAGAAUGUGAAGAAUUAUAUGGUCCUGAUGUGGAGCCACUGAUAAAAAGAUUUCCAGAAACGACAUCAACAGAGCCAUGUAAACUGAUACCCAACAUCAUGGUUUUAGGAAAAGAUGAAGAUUGUGAGUCUAACCAAGUGGUGACGGCAUCUGAGCACGAGGGUGAUAAUUUUGCUGCUGGUGGCCCUUCUGUUGUAGGAGAACUACUUAACCAUUCAAAAAUAGGUGAAGACGGACGAAGGAAGGGGAAGAUAUCUAAAGUUGGCGCCACCAAGCAGUCAAACAGCUGCAAUUCUGUAUUUAAGAAGGUGGAAACCUACAUAAAGGAGCACAUCAGGCCAUUGUGCAAGAGUGGUGUGAUCACAGUUGAACAAUAUAGGUGGGCUGUGGGAAAAACAAUAGAGAAAGUUUUGAAAUACCACUCCAAAGACAAAAAUGCAAAUUUCCUGAUCAAGGAAGGUGACAAGGUGAAGAAACUUGCAGAGGAGUAUGUUGAGGCUUCCCAGUGGAUGGAAAAGAAUUGAUAGCAGCCAUAUGUUCUUUCUCAAACCAGCACAUCAUUGCUAUGGCAAUUGUAGAAACAAAUCAUAGAGCAACUUUUUCAACUGCAUAGCAUAUCCAGGGCGAAUGUUAGAUUGUACAGUAAUAUUCCUGACUACAGUAUGCAAUGUGCAAAGAAUUGGUUUAAGUUCCACGAGGUUGACGACAGAUAAUUUUGCUGUCAAAAUGUUCGGAAAAUCUGUUGUAGGAGUUGUGUUGAUGCUUUCUAACCCGACUCACUGUAAAAAAACUGUUUACGAUUAAAGAGCUGCAGGCUGAAUGCUGUUUCUGAUUCAUUUGCUUUGCCGUUGGCAGGUUUGAAAUUCUUAACUGAAUGCAGCGAUUCCAUUGGAGAUGAUGAAUUGAAAUGCAAAUGCUCCGGAAUGGUAAAUGUUCUGUAAGUUACCUGGAGGCAAAAGUCAAGGUGGUAAAAGGACCAUAACUGUUGUACCGUACGCAUUCCUUCACAAUUGGGAACUCAAAAAAUAAUCAGCGGGAGAUGAUUUUUUCGUGUUCAAUGGCCAAGGGUGUUUAGGUCAUUUUACGCACACUUUGACUAAUCACUUCUAUGGUCAGUCAAAGAUUAGUCAUCUGCGCUAGGACUAAGAUAUUUAUAAGAGAUAAAUUUUUUAUAAUUUUGUCUCAAUCAAUUAUCAAGAUUCGAAUUCAGAACAUUUGAAUUUACAACUUGUUAUUUUUAUUAUUUGAGCUACCCUUGGAGUUGAAAGAUAAACUUUGGUGAAGAAGAACCCUUGUAUUGGAUACGUUGUUAUAGUACACAUUGAAAGAAAAAGCAAGUU